AAAGCCGAAAUUGUCUUUAUUCUCCAGUUUGGCGAGAGACUCCUCGAGAGCUCUUUGUGUUGAAUUGAAGCGAGUAAAGCAACAGAGUGGCUUGCUUGUUCUUGGAAGUGAAUUAUUUCAUCGCCAGGUUGAUUCAAUCAGUGCUGUGAUACGUGCGCACUUACUUGGUCUUCGUGACCAAAGAUAAGAGAUCUCGGCGAUAAGCAAUUGCUACGCCCCCAAGCUCUGAAGCAUCAACAGCAUCCACGGAAUAACAAGGCUUGCAGAGCGAUUUCACGACAGAUUGGUGUGGUUGGAAAAGUUCAUGCGUGUGUAUUAGACAACCCUCUCCAGGAUCGACGCAAGAGGUUUAAAAAAACUCUUGUUUCCAACGCGUUCCCGAACUCGCCGUGGACUUGUCCUACAAGUUGGCUUGAUUUCUCGAGUCCAACACGCGGACCAGUGCCCUACUAACUUCGGAGUGCUUCCAAAGCUCUCACACUCACUCUCUCUCUCUUACACACAUCGAGACAGACUCACUUGACUGGUCGUGGUUGAAUCGCGCUUGGUUGUGCUGGAGUUGGUGAGGUUGGUGGAGAACUCGCCCCCUUUUCAAAACGACUUCAGAGUAAGCUCAAAAGAGCUGCUGUGAGCGAUACUGAAGCUUCUACCAAGAGUGAAUGCGUGAAUGCGUGAGUGAACCAGCAGCCAAUCGAGUCCAGCCUACAGCAAGCUCCAAAGUGGGACCAGAAGUAGAAAUUGGCAGAGGAGAGUAGCGUCAUUUCUGGAAGAAGAGACGGCGUUUCACUUCCCCGGAGGACAACAAACCCACCAAACUUGAUUUGGCUUUUUUGUUGUCCCAGUGUUGUGUGUGGAAUCCGGAUUGUCGGUGCAUCUUCAGGCCUGUGAUGAGCAACGUCUACUAAAGAGUGAUUGUGCUGGAAGUGAAGUGAUUCCACGGAUAAUUAAUUUGAAGCCAAGAAGAUGGCGGAUACAAUGGAUAAAGCUGCUGACACAGUGAGGGGCGUGGCCCGGGCUGCGGGAGAAGGCAUGGCUAGUAUUGCGAACACAAUACAACAAUCUGUGAACGAAAAUAUCGAAGACUAUGAAGAUGCGAUAGAUGAUUAUAUUCCUCCACAAAUAGAGCUCAACGACGGCAACGGGAUAUCGACUUCGUUACCAGAUUUCGAAAGCUCCUCAGUCUCUUCUGGGUAUAUUCUCAACGAUACAAACCAAUGGGGAUGGAUCACCUUAUAUGUGGUCACCAUUGUGAUCGCCAUUCUUGGCAACUUGCUCUUUAUUGUGGCAAGUCUAUGCACCAAGCGAACCCGAACCACAGGUUACUAUCUGCUCAUCAACCUGUCCAUCCGGGACAUCCUCCUCGCGUGUCUCUGUGUUCCAUUCACCUUGGACUCUGAGAUCAUCGCGUACACCUGGAACUUUGGUGGCAUCUAUUGUAUUGUGUACAAGUUUGCCUACUAUUGCUUUCUGUUCUUCUUGCCCUUGACCAUCUUGUUCCUCGCGUUCCACUUGUUUGUGGAGAACUGCAAAUGGAACUUUGCGGGCGAGGAAGGUGUGGUUCCACGGCCCUGGGCACAUACCCUUUACAUUCCUCUGAUCUGGUUCUUCUCGUCGGUGUUUGCGGUGCCCACGGUGUUUUACGCUAAGGUUCAUAACGAAACCGACGAUUUCUACGGCAACGAAAUUGUCCGAAGACCAGACGAUUCGUUGGCUUGCGUGUUUGCCACAGGUGGCGAUUGGGGCCCAGGGAGCGAUUUCUAUUACGUAUCCUCCAAUAUCCUGACCUUCGCACUUCCUUUCGUGCUCCUGUUCAUCCCAUGGUGGGCUUUAUUGGUUCAAGUAUGCGGAUGUUGCACCAGGAAGCUCCGCUCCUCGGAAUUCUGGCUCUCGAUCAUUACCAUUUUCCUGAUCUUGUUCUACGAGACAUCUCGAGCUCCCUUCGAGCUUUUCAACAUCCAUCACAUCAUGACCACAUGGAAGAUCCUCGGACCGUUCGAGCCGUUCAUCCCGAACAUUGACAGCGAGCCCUACAAAGCGGUGAUGAAAUGGGCCGUCUACGCCCCCGCCCUACUCCACCCCUUGCUCUACUUUACAUUCUCGCCCGAGGCCAGACAUGGCGUGUACAUUCUAUUCACCCGUAUGUGCUCUUGUUGCUGCACCAAGAGCGACCGAGACGUGGAAGUGGCCUCGGACGAUGAGAAAGGUCGCAUGCUCGAUAGCAAGAAAGAGACCGAGAAUGCUGUCGGCGAAGAUCAAGCCGGGGUGCCCCUCCAAUCGAAACAGGAGGAUGAGAUGUGAGCAAUUAGCAGAGAGGCCCCAUCCCAAGAACACCACCCACCGCCACCCACCAACGAGAACGAUACCCACGUAGUAGCUCAGAAGAAAAGCUCGCCCUCUCUGCAAUCACUCUCCUAUUGGUUCUGAGUGAUACCCCAUCCCCUACCCGUAUUAUUGUCAUCCCCUCACCUCAUUCUUUUUCACCCAAUCACCUUUUGAAAAGAUGAUGAUUCGACUGGUUUAUGGCUCAUUCAUUUGAACCAUGCAAACGACGAUGAGUCUUCAUCCGUGAUUUGAAGCCCCAUUUUCGGCCUAGAAGGGAAAAAACGUGUUUCGAGGUGGGCAUAAAGGGCAAUUUGCGUGGAUGUUUUAUGAAGAAGACCCUUGCUUAACCUUGUCCAGUCUUGUGAAUCACACUAGCACCGAGGACUCAUGACAAAUGUGUCCUCCUCGUAGAGUACCUGGCAUUGCGUCAUUUUGUACAAAGUUUCGCGAAACUCAUCCUCAGAUCUCCCUCUUGAUUUCCAAAUUUCCUUCUUUUUUUGCUAUGGUACGAUGGGAACAAAACAAAAUCCGAAUGUCAGCAAGCCUUUCCUAUAACCUUGUAAGCAUCUAUGGGGCCUCCAUGUUCAUCUCUGAAGUGUGAAUCAAGUCAGUCUUCAAAAAGUGCAUGCUCUCACAAUUGGCUCAGUACUGAGUGCAUCAGUAGUACAGUACAUAACUACAUACUGCAUCGUCCCGAUCAUCAUCUUCCUCCACUCUUAACGCAUAGGCUUUUCUCUCUUCACAACGUCUCCAAUCUCAAGAAGAAACAACAGACGCUCACUCAGCACUUCCAUUUGACGACCACCAACUACCAUCAACGUUCACACGUAUCAUUCGUGCAAUGUGCUUGCUUGGUGGGGAAUGCCAGUUGGUUGCAUCACUGCAUGUGUACCGAACGUACUGCUCAUGGAUCUACUCUUGGGGACAAAUCCGUGAUCGGCAUGACCAAGGCCCACAUGCAAUUUCUUCCCGUUCACGUGGCCCUUACUCUGUCUCAAUGUAAAUAGACCCCACUCAAUCCUCAUCUUGUCCUUCGUAUUCGUCGUGUGAGAGUGUGAGAGUGUUCUACAUGUGAGUGGAUCCAACAGAACUCGUCAAGGCUGGCUUGGAACAAAAUCCCCUCUCCUUCUCCGAAUGUGCUACAUCGACAAGAGAAAGCAAACCAAAACUGGAACAUGAGCUUGCUUGCAUGCAUGUAUGAAAUUAUCAGCAUCAGAAUGUAAAUAUUUGGAAAGACUCAAGAGCUUCACCUUACACACUUGAUCUGCUACAGAUCAUUCGACGAAUUACACCCACACACCCAGCCAGCCAGCCAGCCAACACGAUGAGUGAAAGUCAAUGCUCUUUUGGAACUCUUUUGAACAAUAGUGUGCCCAACCAGCAAAGCCCUUCGGUGACUUGUUGGAUGCGGCAUUUACGUUACCAGUCGUCGAACCAACCACGAGUACAAAUUUGGUUCCUUCUUCCCCGUGUACAAAGGAACAGUCUUCAUUUUGAUAUUAGUUUGUAAAUACGGACGUGUUUUCCGUUCCUUACUGGAGAAAGUCGUAUGUUUUCUCGACCCCCCUUUUUCCCGCCCCCCCUACUCCCCUAAUUUUCUCUCUUACUCUCACUUGAAUUUAAGAGACGGCUAACAAGAAUCUCAUUAAAGACAGUCUGCCUCCUCGAGUUGCUCUUCUUCUUGCAAAGAGAAGUCGAAGCCCUUGGCAGGUAGAUCAUUAGUCAAAGCAUCCUUGUAAUAGAUCUAGUCAUUUCAUAUUGUACUAUUACAAUCAUCAAACACUGGUCCAGACGAUAAGUUUGCAGCCCUAUUUCUUCUCGAUCUCGGUGUAUUUUCAUGUAAGCAGACACGUAUCAUAUUUACCGCAGCUCCUUCACCCUCGUCAAUAAAAAAGAACGGAAUAUCCUUUCUCUUUCAAUCCAUUAUUGUGACCCUUAGUAGUGCUCUAAAGACCAGUAACACAUAAUUGUGUGUCCAUUUCAAUUAUCAUCCAUUACCACGUACUUCUACAAUAUAUACAAUAAUACUGCCAUCCUCCAUUAUUUAUAUACCCCCUUGCGUCUGCUCCACUUAUUAUCUAGCGGGUGGUUCUCCAACUCUUGCCAAGAUCCGUUUAUUAUUUCGCCUCUCCACUGUCUCUCGUUUCUUUCCACGUUCUAUUUACAAUAAUGUCUACUUGAGAUGAUAUAAAAGAAGUUUUCCCCCCCAACCCCGUUUCAUUUCGCUUCAUUCCUCGACGUUGUAGUCCUUCAAUUGAACCAGAUGUCCUUCAAUGUGCAGCUCUGGUUUAAAAACUAAAUUUCCGAGGGGCAGUAAUCGUUACCAAUGUGUGCAAAUUUUUCAUCAAGUAUUUAUACAUGUCAAUGUACGUGUCAAUGAAUGUCUCCAGGUGAAAAUGAUUCCAAUUUGAACCCAGACAAAAAACACCCGCACAUGGAACCACAAUCAAACCAAAUCGUAAAGAGAAGCAUUUACAACUAACAAGAUCAGAUAGGCCAGAACCAGAACGGUCCAUUGUACAACUGGACAUUCGUACACCCAAUUUGACAGUAAACUUUACUCUCCUCAGAUAUCUAAUCAAUAUAAUUGUAAGUAUUUAUUAUCAAAAAACUACUGCUACAACUACUUCUACAACAUCAUCAUCAUCAUCAACAACAACAACAACAACAACAACAACAACAACUGCAUACAAUAAUUGAUGAAUAUGAUCCACGUUUUGUCAAUAAACUUCAGUGAAAACCAACCCA